CGAAGCCAUCAUGGCCGCCAGCUCCGACUCCCUCCCGUUAGCAGAGAUUGAACGGGCUGUAACGGCAGGUGUGCGGGAUGAGGCUCCACUUCAAACUGCUGUUCUGUCAUAAACACCAUUAAUGGGGAGUUAAGUAGGUUUGAAUAGAAUAUUUCUGUGACGCCGGUGGAGAAUUAGUUAGCUAACUUUACUAGCUAGCCGAAGUUACGUCCAAAUAAAAACAAAACUUUCCAGGUCAGAUGUGGGCGGGGUUUGCGCGCACUGUUGGAGGUGUUUGAGUUCGCGUCUCUGAUCUGAGACCAGCGCUGUUUGAGGGUAGGGGUGGAAUCUACUUGCACAAUCAUGAAUAUUCAGUCUUACACUCGGCGAUCAUUUAACAUUUACAUUUAAGAUUUACAUUUUACAUUUAACUCUUACAUUUAACAUUUACAUUUAACAUUCAACAUUUAACAUUUACAUUUAGACUUUUGCACAUUUACCUAAAUGUGAGAAAACAUGUUGUGUCAUUUAGUUAAAUGUGAGAAAACUAGUUAUAGGUGCUCCUUUUACAUUCGCACCCCAUACACUGAACGUUUAAAUAAUGUUUAUUCAUAAUGAAAACUACACACAAAAGUCUAGGUUGUGCAUAUUUGUUCUAUACUUACUGUAUGUUUUAGUUUUUGAAUACAUUUCACACAUUAUACUGUAGUGUACAGCUGACAAACAAAUAUAUACUGUAGGUAACUAGUGAGCUUCUAGUGAGUAUACUUCUAAACACAAAGCAUUAACAUACAUGUACAUACUUUGACCCAACUGAGUAGUUUGAGUAUAGACUUUAGGCCUUUUUUAAGUAUGAGGAAUCACUAUUCUAAUCAGAAAACUCCCUUGGGUUUAGUUUUGCCAGGGUUUAUUAAAGGGUUUAUCUUUUUUUUAGACAAGGGUGAAGGUUAAGCAGUGUGAAGCCACACUGGAUAAGUACCUUGAGUCAGAAAGGAAGGAUGUGAAGCGUGACUUCUGGACAGGCAGGCGGCCAACAGUCGCCUCCAGCCCAGUGUAAAACAUAUCCGCUCCCUGGACGCUCAUCAAGCAGCCCAUUAACGCGGCUCGAAGCUGCAGCUGCAUUGUUUGUUACUCUUCUUCAUCACAAGACGUCCAUCCUCAUUAUUAAACUGUGAUAGGCACAUUCCAAUGUAUGGUACGUCUGAGUGGUCAGCAUGCGGGGCGAAAUAAAGUGUUUUUACUGUUUUUAUGCAAAAACUGGUUGUACUGUAAAAUAUCACAAAUGUCAACACACAUAAAGUGGUCAGUUCUUAGUUAAUAGAAUACUUUUUAUAUUCUUACAGAGUAAGUUGUGUUGGAAAAGCAACUGAAGUGUUUUCUGUGGAAUCCACAACAUUAUCCAUCACAGUAACAGUUGCCUGAGAAGGAAAGUGAAGCUUAACAAGAAGAUAACUUACAAUAACACACAACUGUGUGGAGACAUUACAGAGCUCAACAUCGUCUCCACGACUGAAACAGAAGCCUUCCAAUGUAAACACAGGAUUAGCUGAUGUGCCUCACUUAGUUACUGUAAAUGCAGCAUGACUACAUGCAGUACUAAUGGAGUGUGCAUGAACUAGUGCAUGUCCCCUCGAAGUCUCUGCUUCUGAGCAGAGAGCGGUAGCGCCACAUUACUGGGCAGUGGAUGAGCGUCCAGGGAGCGGAUGCGCCGCACGCCGCCGGGCUGCAGGCGCCGGCGUUUCUAGAAGUGACAGUCACAUCCUUCCUUUCGGACCCAAGGCACCUGACACUAGACACUUUCCCAACACCACUUCACUUCCUCCCAUUCACCCACGAAGGAGACUGACUUUCUAAUUGACAGAAUGUAAUUAUUUUAUUCUGCUUUUAUUAAUUAUACAAAACACAUAAUGAGCUUAAAAGCCACAAAGACUGGAAUGAAAUGAGUUAUUUUGCACAAUAAGUCCUUUUACGUAUCUAGGAGACAUUCAUACAUUUGCACUAUGUCUUCACACUAAUGAUUAAAAUAAUCAUCUAAACACCUAUUACAUCUCCAUGACGGCAUUCUUGACUGUUAGUAGAAGGAAAGGGGAAAGUUUCCAGGCAGGAUGGAUACGUAGUGAAAGGAGGGCGGUGGGAAUUUCCAAAGAACGGCCCCGUUGUGAUGAAAAAGCGGUGGGUUUCCAGGAAAGCUGGAGCUGCGAGCAUAAAAGCAGGCUCCUCGGCGCUUACGCUCACAAUCCUCUCAUCCCUACAGCAGCUGUGAGACUGAAGGAAACCUACGGCUUUAAAAUGGUGUUCAGCUUUGGAGUUUUUGGGAGAACAAGCCUCAGCAUCACUCUCCUUUGCUCAAUGCUGUUCAUGUGGACUAGUGUGGAGGGAUGGUCCUACUUCUACUCAAACAACACCAUGACUUGGGAACAAGCCCGACGCUGGUGCAGGAACUCCUACACAGACAUGGUGGCCAUUCAGAACCAGGACGAGAUCAAGCAUCUCAACAGCUGGUUGCCCCAAAAAAACGGGUACUACUGGAUCGGCAUUCGCAAGGUCAACGACGUCUGGACCUGGGUGGGCACCAACAAGGCUCUGACGAAGGAAGCAACCAACUGGGCGGCCGGUGAGCCGAACAACGCGAAGAACCAGGGGGGGCGUGAGGACUGCGUGGAGAUGUACAUCAAGAGGGAUAAGGAGGCGGGCAAGUGGAACGAUGAGAGAUGCUCCAAUAGGAAGACGGCUCUGUGCUACGCAGCUGCCUGUAAGAGCGAUUCGUGCCUGCAUGGAGAAUGCGUGGAAACCAUCAACAGCCACAGGUGCCAGUGCCUCGACGGCUUCUACGGAGAGAAGUGUGAGAAAGUUGUUACGUGUGAAAAGGAAGAGGUGACCGUUCCAGACAAGGGGAGCGUGAACUGCACGCACCCGUUCGGGGAUUUCUCCUACAACUCCUCGUGCCAGUACUCGUGUGAGACGGGCUACGAGCUCAGCUCCAGCCGGGCCCUGAGCUGCACCGGCUCGGCCGCGUGGUCCGAGCCGGUGCCCACGUGUGGACUGGUCCAGUGUCCACAGCUGUCGCAGCCAGAACACGGAGCCGUGAGCUGCUCUGAUCCUCUGGGACCGUCCAGCUUUGGGUCCAGCUGUGAGUUCACCUGUGACCACGGCUACACGAUUGCGGGUUCGCUGCCCAGCACUGUGCAGUGUGAAGCAACAGGAAGCUGGAACGGCUCCGAGCCGUUUUGUGUUGCCGUCCGGUGCCCUGCUCUCCAGGACCCGGUGAACGGCGCUGUCACCUGCGGCGCCGACGCCGACGUCGUGUUCACCUACGGGAACACCUGCAGCUUCAGCUGUGAGCCCGGGUUCCGGCUGGUCGGGCCGAGCGCGGCCACGUGCACGGCGGCCACUGAGUGGACGGAGGCGGCGCCGCGCUGUGAAGCCAUCACGUGCCCGAGGCCGGAGGAGGAGCAGCACCUGGUCGUCCAGUGCAGCGAGUCGCUCCCUGAGCUCCGGCCCAGCGCCGCCUGCAGCUUCAGCUGUGAGCCGGGCUUCGACCUGCAAGGAGCCGCCUCGGCCCGGUGCAACGGGAACGGACAGUGGAGUGAAGCUCCGCCCUCCUGCAGAGUGGUCCAGUGUCCACAGCUGUCACAGCCAGAACACGGAGCCGUGAGCUGCUCCGAUCCUCUGGGACCGUCCAGCUUUGGGUCCAGCUGUGAGUUCACCUGUGACCACGGCUACACGAUCGCGGGUUCGCUGCCCAGCACUGUGCAGUGUGAAGCAACAGGAAGCUGGAACGGCUCCGAGCCGUUUUGUGUUGCCGUCCGGUGCCCUGCUCUCCAGGACCCGGUGAACGGCGCUGUCACCUGCGGCGCCGACGCCGACGUCGUGUUCACCUACGGGAACACCUGCAGCUUCAGCUGUGAGCCCGGGUUCCGGCUGGUCGGGCCGAGCGCGGCCACGUGCACGGCGGCCACUGAGUGGACGGAGGCGGCGCCGCGCUGUGAAGCCAUCACGUGCCCGAGGCCGGAGGAGGAGCAGCACCUGGUCGUCCAGUGCAGCGAGUCGCUCCCUGAGCUCCGGCCUAGCGCCGCCUGCAGCUUCAGCUGUGAGCCGGGCUUCGACCUGCAAGGAGCCGCCUCGGCCCGGUGCAACGGGAACGGACAGUGGAGUGAAGCUCCACCCUCCUGCAGAGCUGUUAGAUGUCCGGCGCUCGAGGCUCCUGAAAACGGUGGAAUCAACUGCUCGGCCUCGGAGCCAGAAUACGGCUCCCAGUGCUCCUUCACGUGCAAUCAAGACUACUCGUUAGACGGACACGAGCUGCUGACCUGCGAUCGCCACGGCAACUGGACGAGAGAGACCCCCGUCUGCCAAGCCUCUCACAUCAGCGCCGUCGUCUCUGCGGUGGCAGCAGGGGGCUCCCUCUUCUCCGCUUUGUCUGUCGCCAUGUGGAUCCUGAAGCGACUGAGGCAGAAAGCAAACAAGUUUGAGCUGAACAGUAACUCUGACAUAGAGGCUCCGACAGAGAUCUACAAAACCAGCGCCGACAACCUCCUGAGGAGCUCCUUGACUGGGUUCACCUUCAGCUGGACGUAUCAUCAUAUGUCAAACACCAUGAACUGGACUCAGGCCCGGCACCAGUGCCAGGCCCGUUUCACAGACCUGGUGGUGAUCCAAAGCCAGGAGGAGAACGACUAUUUGGUCUCCGUGCUGCCGAACAGAACCUCCAGUCCGUACUAUUGGAUCGGAAUCACCAAGACCCACACGAAGGAGCCGUGGCGGUGGGUCGGGAACAACAGCACGUGGAUCGGCGAGCGCUCGUGGGCGGCGAACGAGCCCAACAACAACCACACCACGGAGUUCUGCGUGGAGAUCUACGUCAACCACGGCAAGAACAGAGGGAAGUGGAACGACGAGAAAUGCAGCAAUAAAAAGUAUCCUGUUUGUUACAGAGCCCAGUGUAACGAAAGCGUAUGCGACAGAGGGCGGUGCCGGGAGACGAUAGGAGGCACGGCCUGCGUGUGUGAGCCCGGCUUCAUGGGACACAGGUGCCAGACAGAGAACGAUACCAGGGGAACCAACGACAGCGUAUCCUGCACGUCUGAGCCUGGAGUCAAGGCCGACGGAGGCCAGACAGCCCCAGAAUGCCCCCGGCUGCCCCCCCCCGAGAACGGAUCCCUCCGCUGCUCAGGAGGAAACCACACGUUCAACUCCAGCUGCCGCUAUGCGUGCGUGGGAGGCUUCCUGCUGAUCGGCCCCUCCACCGUCACCUGUGGGAGCACUGGGAGCUGGAGCGGCCCCAGACCUACGUGUGCAAGCUACAAACACGCUCUGAUGGCCGUGGCUGCCUGUGGGGCCUUCGCCGUCCUCUCCUGCAUCUGUUUCUGUUUGAUGAAGCACAAAAGAAGAAAAAAACUUGCCCAAGUCAGACAGUACGACGAGGACACGAGUCCGGCCCACGAAAUGUUCCGUGAGUCAGGCCUUGAUAGGCCGAGCUUGUAUCACAGGAUGCUGAUAGCUGCACUGCUUGUGUUGGUGCAAGACCUGAGCCUCAGCGGAGGAGCACACGCAUGGACCUACACCUACAGCACCAGUCCAAACCGCAAAUGGGCCGACGCCCGCCAGUGGUGCCGGGACCGCUUCAUGGAAAUGGUGACCGGCCAGAACCAGGAGGAACUCCACUUUCUCAACAACCUCCUGCCUUUUAAUGACAGGUAUUACUGGAUCGGCGUUCACAAAGUGGCGGGAGCGUGGACCCGGGCAGGAGACGGCACCGCUGUGCCCGACCACGCCCAGAACUGGGCACCGGGGGAGCCGAUCAACAUAACGGGUCAGGACUGCGUGGAGGUGUACAUUAAGCGAGACGAGGACGCGACCAAGUGGAACAACGAGAGAUGCCGCAGUAAGAAGGGCGCCGUGUGUUACUCCGCCUCCUGCACCCAGCAGCCCUGCGGACCUCAUGGAGACUGCGCGGAGGCCGUAGGGAACUACAGCUGCCGGUGCCGUCCUGGAUUCACCGGGUCACGCUGUGACCAGGCGGUCUCCUGCGACCCGUUGGCGCCUCCAGCACGAGGCUCGUAUUCCUGCUCCGAUCCCCACGGGUCCAAUCGCUUCAGCAGCAGCUGCCGGUUCUCCUGUGACCCGGGCUUCGCGCUGGUGGGCCCGGCCCGGCUGCUGUGCCAAGCCAGUGGCCACUGGAGCCGCCCCGUUCCUGUGUGUCGAGCUGAACAGUGUCCUGCUCUGAACGUGACCGUCGGCGCCGGCCGCCUGAACUGCAGCCACCCCGUCGCACCCUACGGCUACAACUCCAGCUGUGAGCUCCGCUGCCACGACGGCUACGAGCUGGUCGGGCAGCGCCGGGUCGUCUGCGGCCCCGCGGGCCGGUGGACGGCCGGCGUCCCAGCAUGCACCACGGUGCGGUGCGCGGCGCUGACGGCGCCGCCCUCGGCCUCGAUGCGGUGCCAGCAUCCUCUGGGGACCAACAGCUACGGCUCAGCGUGCAUUGUGCAGUGUGGGGAAGGGUUUGAUCUCAUUGGCACAAAUGUGACAAAGUGUUCCUCAGGAGGCGGCUGGAGUCACGCGCUUCCUGUCUGUCAGCCUAGGAGAUGUCCGGCCCUGAACUCUUCCGCCCACGGCUCCUUGCGCUGCUCGCAUCCUCGCGGCCUCUUCAGUUUCGGGUCCCUGUGCUCGUCUCGGUGUGAGGAUGGUUUUCAACCCGACGGGACCGUCACCACAGAGUGCACGUCCCUGGGCACGUGGAGCGCAGACGUGCCUCGCUGCUUGGCCAGAAGAUGCCCCUCUAUCAGCUCUGCCUCCCAUGGGUCCACAGUCUGUUCCAACCCUCAUGCAGAGUUCAGCUUCGGUUCUCGGUGCACAUCAGGAUGUGAUGAGGGUUUCGUGCUAAAUGGGACAGCGGACACUGAAUGCACCUCCUCGGGCAUGUGGAGUCAGGAAAUCCCCCCCUGCCUGGCACACGUGUGCCCCCUACUGGUGGCGCCGGAACACGGCAGGAUCAACUGCAGCCAUCCACACUCCCCUUUCAGCUUUGGCUCCCGCUGUGGCUUCAGAUGCAAUGGGGGGUUCUCACUGGGAGGACCUCCUGCUGUGACGUGCACCAGCUCAGGCCUCUGGAGCCGGGACGCACCCACCUGCCAGCCGGUGCGGUGUGAGCCCAUCGCUGCCUCGUCGUCACUCCUGUCUGCAAACUGCUCCCACCCCCUGGGCAGCUUCAGCUUCGGCUCCCGGUGCUCCUUCACCUGUGAGGACGGGGUCUCGCUGAACGGCACAGUGCUGCUCUGCACCUCCAGCGGGCGGUGGAAUGGCAGUCGGCCCACCUGCACGGCGGGGCCGGUGGGAGCUGCCGCGCUGCUGUAUACUGGUGCUGGUGCAGCCUCUGGUGUCAUCCCACUCAUCCUGAUGGGCCUGGCCUUGUCAAUUUUCAUACGACGUCGAAGAAAAGGAAACAAGAUCAUAUCCGACGUGCCAGUGUGGGAUGCCAAUGAGAACCCAGCGUUUGAGUUUUGAUUGUUUUAGAUAAAGCUUUGCUGCAAACCCCCGUAAAUAUUACAGAUUUGACUUUAUUGCUCAGUUUUCUGGCGGAACUUUCUCAACCCAGAAAUCACACCUUGCAAUAAAUGCAUAUUAACUUGUCAAUAAACUGAGAACUAUU